GCUCCACCAGCACCGCUGUGCCCUCAGCCCGACCCUUCUCUGCCCCUGUGCCCGCACACGCCGGGCGCAGCCCCGCACCUCCGCGCUGCUAUGGAAGAAAGAGAGCGGCUGAGCGCUUCCCCGCACCGAGAGGUGACGAUCCAGCCGGGAGACGGAGAACAGCAGCCUCGGCGGGGCUCCAAAUGCAGUGAGCUGUGGAAGAAGAGGUGCCGUAUGCUCUGCAUGGCUGUGUGUGCAGAGCCAUGGAUCCUUGCUUUGGUGCUGCUGGCCGUGAUAGCCAACGAGAGUGACUGGGACAGCAGCAGGGAGCACUGCCAGCGCCUCGGAGCUUCCCUGGCCACCGUGGACACGGAGGAGCAGAUGGAAUUCAUGCUGCGGUACCUGGGCCCGGCAAACUGUUGGAUUGGGCUGCACAGGGCAGAAGGGGACGAGCGCUGGACGUGGGCCGACGGCAGCACCUUCAGCAACUGGUUCCAGCUGCGAGGCGGAGGCCGAUGUGCGUACCUGAAUGGGGACAGGAUCAGCUCAGCCCUGUGCCACACUAAGAAGUUGUGGGUGUGCAGCAGAGCCGACAGCUUCGUCCUCUGGAGGAAUGGGACAAAUCCACAGUGACAGAUCCCAGCCCAGCCAGCUCGUGCCAAUGCUGCUGGGCACGGCCAUGCCAUGGCUGUGUGCUGGAAUCUGCCUCUUUCCAGCACUGCUGCAGCUGUUCCUGCACGGAGCCACGCAGCUCUGCUGCUCGUUAUCUGUCAGGGAACAUGUUUAAUUGCACCGUGCCAUAAAGGAAGGGUCCUUUGUGGGUCCUUACAGGUCACAGCGCUGUGGGACGGGUGGGUGGGCAGGGUGAGGAUCGCUGCCCCCGACCCCUGGAGCUGCCAGGACCUGGAGCAGCGCAGCCAGCAGUGUGAGCAGAGCACAGAGCAGCGCUGCGUCCCGCGGGGUUCAGCCAACACUUUGUGCUCCGGGUUUUGAUUUUGUUCUGUUUGGUUCUUGCCACACGCACUGUUGUUGUUGUUGUUUCAUGUUAAUAAUGAUCUAAUUGUAAAUAAUGAUCUAAUGUAAAUCUCAUGUAAAUAAUGAUCUAAUUCUGUGAUAUUUCAGUAUAUUUACAUAACAUAAAUUAUAUACCAUAGAGAACAGUAUAAUGUUACUGCUGCUAAUAAUAAUUGCCCCAAGUCUUCAUUCAUUGCCAUUGUUAUCAAUAUAUUCCCCAUUUUUACUAGACUGUUAUGAAUCCCAUUUAUUCAAGAUCCUUGCCUCAAUUCCCCAAGUUUUAUCACUCCAUUAAUACCGUUGUUAAUCACACCAUUAUCAUCAAUACAUUUUGUAGUUAUUUUUAUAA